UCAGGUAGCGCGCUCUCAAAUCUACUCUGCACGGCGACGCCGCUUGCAAAGGCUGCGGACCUGCCCAGGCAAAGCUGCUGCGUCAUACGAGGGGCUCGGACUCACACUUAAAGGGGAGGGGGCAAUUACCGUUACUAUACCCCCCAAGCAUCCACUGAUACGGCUUUCAUCUUUAUUUUCAAUCCACCAGAAUAGUACCCAAGGAGGCCCGUUCACUUUAAAGAAUGGUGAAACUGGGAAGCAAUUUUAGCGAAAAGAAUAACGCAAAACAGCCUGCUGCUGAAGAUGGAUUUGAUACCAUCCCCCUCAUCACACCCUUAGAUGUCAAUCAGCUACAAUUCCCCCCUCCAGAUAAGGUGGUUGUAAAAACUAAAACAGAAUAUGACAGUGACUACAAAAAAGGCAAAUUCCGUUCACCUAAAAUUGCUGAAUUUUCAAUAAGCAUCACUGAAGGGGUUUCUGAGCGAUUUAAGGUCACAGUUUUAGUUCUCUUUGCACUGGCAUUCAUAACUUGUGUAGUGUUUUUGGUGGUCUACAAGGUAUACAAGAAUGACCAUGCCUGUCCAGAAGGAUUCAUCCUGCAGCAAAGCCGGUGCAUCCCAGCUGGAAUAGACAGUUAUUACUCUGAACAGGAUUCCAGUGCCCGAGGAAAAUUCUACACGGUUAUUAACCACUACAACCUGGCCAAGCAGACCAUCACUCGCUCUCUGUCACCUUGGAUGACUGUGAUGUCUGAAGAAAAGGUAUCUGAGCAGGAGACGGAGACGGCCGAAAAGGCCGCUUAGAGUAAAGGGGGUGUAAUCAGUAGAAACAACGAAAGCUGACCAGCUAACUGCAAGCAAACAUUAAUUAUAACCAAGGCGUCAAGCUAAUGAUUACAAAAAAAACAACAAAAAACAUAUUUAUCUUGAAGGUUUUUGUUUGACGUUUCUUAGAUAAAUAUAUAUUUUUAAUGAUGGUUUCAUUUGAUUAUAUUUAGAAUACUUGACACAUUUUUAAAUUAGCAAUUGUUUAAGUCCUUACACUUGAUCUGUAAAAAUGUACUUCAGUUAAUCUAAAUCGUUCAGUGGCUAUAAUUAAAGUUUGCUUUCAGGAAACAUGAAAAUUUGUUAAAAAAAAAGUGGAUUUUGAAAGAAUGGGGAACAACAAACAAUGGCCAAGUAGCCUUCCUUUAAUUUAAUUUAUUUUAUGCUCACAAUUGCAUUUUCUGCUGUCUCUCUAACUGCUACAAAAUGCAGAUUUCUAAGUGAUAAUGAAGUUCUCUACGCCAUUUGGUAAGCUGGAUGUUGUUUUAUUAAUGCUGUCAAGCAUAAACUAUAUUACUUCUCCACUGUGGCUGUUGCAUAUUAGGUAGGACGUGCACUGGAAAUCAAAUACAUGUGAAUGUGAAUUAAUUACAAACACCAACGAACGAACAAAAACAUGCAGACGUCUGUUUCUAACUGCCAUUUAAAUAAUGUGUAUUCAGUAGUGUCAAGAAUUUGUAAUGACAGAAUUAUGUUAUCAUUCUUAUAGAUGCACUAUCUUUAGUUUGUUUUUAUUUUUAUAUUAUUAAUGCAGGGUGUAAGAAAACAAAAGAUGAAAAAUCAUGUUGAAAAUUUCAAAUGAUCAUAGCUAUUUUGUGACCUUUAUAGAAAUGAAUUAAAUGAUUAGUUGAAUUAAUUUGAUUGACUACAAAUUCAAAUAUUGUAACAAAGUAACUUAGUAUUUCAAGCAUGAUUCCUUCAAGCUUUAUGAAUAAUUCAUGCAGUGUAAGAUGAGAGGUUUAGUAAAAUGAUUUUCAAUUUCAAAACUUCCACGCGCCCACUAACUGUGAUAUAGUAAAAUCAAUACAGUCAUGGAUCCUUUAAGGUCACUCUAUAGAGUAAAACAUACAACUCGUAGGUCCCAACAGGAAAAAAAUGAAGCCUGUAUUAUUGUUUUAUUAAGUGUGUACAUUUAAAGCUGCACCAUGCAGAAGCUGUAAUGUGUUAAAGCAUCAUACAGUAGCUGCUGACAUUUUACACAACAGAUGAGCAAAAGAAUGUUUUUCCAUUCGGGUUACUUCUACAUGAUGUUUGCAGUGGAAAUGUCAAAAGUAACAGAUGAAGUCCAGACAUAAUACAACCCACCGGUGUAUUAGUAAUAAAUAAAACUUGCACAUUACAUUUGACUAAACAAACUUUAUUAUUUAUUUAGGUUAGUAUGUGUCUGAUUGCUAUUACAUUGUAGUGUUUUCCGCUUAUUUUCUAUCUUAAUGCCAUGCAAUAUACAUAUUGUCGCAACACAAAAUGUACUUCAGCAGCUACAUCUCCACUUGCUUUAGUGGCUUGAUAAUAUAACUCAUUGGGGUGGGGGGGGGAGGACGGGCUUUAAUUAAUGUAACUUGUUGUAAAGUGUCACAAAAGCAUGAUCGCAAUAAAAGACAAUGAACAAAAACAGUGCCAAAUGUUUCUUCUUGGGUUAAAAAAUUAGAUGUUCAGAAGCACAUUUUAUGAAAUCAAUUCAUGUAAUUUAUUUUGUAGAAAUCACAUUUUAUCAUGUCAUGUACCACAAUGAAACCAUUUGGUUGUAACUUUUGACAUUUUCACUUUGUCAAAAUAAAUAAAAUCAAAGGCAGAUGACACAAUUCUUCUGUGCAAGUACUCCUAAAUAAAUGUAAUUUCAAACAUUAAAAAA